GCUGGUGGUAUGCAAAUGAUUCAAUCGCGCUUGUUAAAAGUAAAGGAAAACCUACGUGUCAUAAAAAAUCCUGCAUAAUGUAAAAAAACGACAGUCACCCUUCUGGUUACGCAAUCAACGUCGACGUCGAGUAUCGAUCUUUUUUCGAUGCGCCCAUCUCGAUUCGGUAUCGCACAACCACCGAGCUGAGAGAACUAGCUACAUGUAGAUACGUUUGUCCACCUGCUAUCUAAACGAAACAGUGCGUUAUUGUGUCCCCACGAACGCGAGACCGUGUGACAUCCGCGACUUUGCAUCCAUAGAGCGACCGUUCGUUGUGGUUUUGUGAUUGUGGUGUCCGACAGUGAUGGCUGACGAGUUGAAAAGGGCCGCGAACGAGGUGGUGGACGACGUUUUGAACGGGGUCACCGCCAAAGUGUCACAACCUGGGCAGGAUAAAGCGUGUCAGAGGUCUCUGAUAUGCGUCAUGUUUUGUCCAAAUGCAUGGUUUAACCCAGACAGGCUCAAUCCGAAAGUGGAGAGCCUGAUUUACUGGCGCGACCCGAAAAAGUCCGGCCCUGUGUUCGGCGGCGUGCUAGCCGUCCUCCUUUCCCUUACCUACUUCUCGCUGAUCAGCGUCGUGGCGUACCUGUCGCUGAUCGGUCUGACGGGCACGAUCGCGUUCCGCAUCUACAAGAACGUCGUGCAGGCGGUGCAGAAAACCGGAGAUGGACAUCCGUUCAAGGAGUACCUCGACUUGGACGUGUCGCUGCCGCAGGAUAAGGUACGCGAAAUCAUUGAGGUAGCAGUGGCUCACUUCAAUGCAGCUGUGAUAGAGCUCCGCAGGUUAUUCUUAGUCGAAGAUCUGGUGGAUUCGAUCAAAUUCGGAGUUCUGCUAUGGACGCUUACCUACGUCGGGGCCUGGUUCAACGGCAUGUCACUUAUCAUUAUCGCAUGGGUAGCCCUAUUUUCUCUUCCAAAAGUGUACGAGACAAACAAGACACAAAUCGAUGCCAAUUUGGACCUCGUCAGAACAAAAUUAGCUGAGAUCACAUCAAAAGUGAAAGCUGCGAUUCCGAUUGGCAAGAAGACGGAAGAGAAGAAAGAACAGUAGGUUUAUUUUCGUAAAUUUUUAAGUGACUUCAUAACACUCAUUCUACAAUAAAUUAAUUUAUUGUCCCAUUUUUGCUUUUUAUUCCAUCCUAUUUGAAAUUGUAAGGUUGAUACGAAUUUUGUACAUACGCUGUUGUAUUUCGUGUAUUUCGUUGUUACGGGCAUUUUUUGUAAUACGAGAAUUUCAUCAAUGCAAUCGGUCAAGUAUUACAAGAAAUGUUAUGAGUGUACUAAAUAUAGUUUUAUCUGUUUUAUUUAGUUUUAUUUAUAUAUUCUUCGGAGCUCUUUUAUGCACGGGAUUUGCAUCGCGCGACAUAAAUCGCUUGUAUAAACGAGCCCUUAGUGUUUCGUUUUUUGUUUAGAGGAGGUUUUUUAUCAUAUACAUAUGUUUAUAUAGCAUAAAGUACGUUUAAUUUGACAGGGUGUCCCAUUUUGAUCUCCCCACCUAGAUGUUUCGAAAAAUGCGCCUUCUCGAAAAAAGUUCCAAACAAAAGUUGUAGGAUGUCGAAAUAAACCCGUCCUUUUUCACAUCAGAACUAAAAAAGUAGAAAAUCUCGUCCGUAUAUGACCUUGACAUGACCUUCAAGGUCAAGUAAAUAUUUUUAAAUGGACUCCUUUUUUACAUUGGAAUUGAGGAAACCUUUCGUCCGUAUAUCACCUUGACAAUGACCUUGGCCACGACCUCCAAGGUCAAGUAUGUAUUUUUAAAUGUACCCUCCUUUUCACAUCAGAUUUCAAAAAAUGAAGAAAUCUUUCGUCCGUAUUUCACCUCGACAAUGACCUUGACAUUGACCUUCAAGGUCAAGUAAAUAUUUUUAAAUGGACUCCUUUUUUACAUCGGAAUUGAGGAAACCUUUCGUCCGUAUAUCACCUUGACCACGACCUUCAAGGUCAAGUAAAUAUUUUUAAAUGUACACCCCAUCGGAAUUGAAAAGGAGGAAAUCUUUCGUACCUGAAUUUCACCCUGACAAUGACCUUGACCACGACCUUCAAGGUCGAAUAAAUAUUUUUAAAUGGAAUUGAAAAAAUGAGGAAAUCUUUCAUCCGCAUAUCUUGACCAUGGCCUUCAAGGUCAAAUCGAGACAUUGAAAACGGUCAAGGUCACGGCAAUGGUCAUGUUAGAACGUAAAAUUUGAUCCUCGUUUCAUUUCCAAUGUAAAAAGGGAGUUCUGUUUGUAAAUAUUCACUUGAUCUUGUAGGUCAAGGUCAUGCUUAUCGUGCGUAGAAUGUCGUCUUCAAUUCCGAUGUAAAAAAAGGGUUUUAUUUGAAAAUGUUCGCUUGACCUUUGACGUCCAUAAAUGUCACGGCCAAGGUCACCUUCAACUUGCGUCAAACAACCUCCUCUUUUCAAGUGCGAUGUAAAAAGGGGGUUCUAUUUGAAAAUGUUCACUUGAUCUUAGAUGCCUAAAGGUGGUGGUCAAGGUCACCAUCAACGUGCGUCAAAUUUCCUCUUCAAGUCAGAUGUUGAAAAAGGAAUCUAUUUGAAAAUAUUCACUUGUCUUUAGAUGACUUUAAAGAUAAUGGUCAAGGUCACCAACUUGCGUAAAAUUUCCUCAUUUCAAUAUGUUAAACGGAGGGUUCUAUUUUAAAAUGUUCAAUUGUUCUUAGAUGAUCCUACAGGUCAUGAUCAAGGUCAUUUUUAAGUCACCUUCAACUUGCGUCAAAUUUGCUCCUCUUUUCAAGUUUGAUGUAAAAACGAGGGUUCUACUUGUAAAUGUUUAGUUGACGUUGAAGUUCGCGCACAAGGUCACCAUCAGUGUCCGUGAAAUUUCUUCAUCUCUUCAAUUCCGAUGUAAAAAGGGGGCUCUAUUUAAAAUUGUUCCCUUGAGUUUACAUGACCUUGAAGAUCCUGGUCAAGGUCAUCAUCAACUUGCGUAAAAUUUUCUCUUUUCAAUUUCUAUGUACAAAACAAGGUUCUGUUUGAAAAUUGACCUUAGGUCAUGGUCAGGGUCAAGUCAAGUUUUCGGAAUAUUUAGAUAAGGUUAAAAUGGGACACUCUGGAUAUAUAAUAUAUAUAUCGAAGGUGUUAUAUUUUAAAUAUGAGAUCGCUUGUGAAAGCUAUCCUGAAUAUUAUUAAAAUUCACCUUAAGGAUCUAUUAGUAAUAAUAUAUUACUCUUAUGUGAUUGCUAUAGUAAAGUGAGCACGCACCUACUAGCCAGAUUGAAUUCAAAAUUAAACGGUCCUUCAUUCUACAUUUAUAAUCAACAUGUCAUUCCAUUCAAAUUUACCCUCAAUUUUUGUGAUAUCUAAAAAAGUUAUUACGAAAAUUAUAGCCAACGAUAUGCUCCUGAAAAUAUUCUUAUUCCUACAUCUGUAUACACACCAUAAAAUGAUAUAAUCUACAACUCAUAAAUUUCUUUGAAUGGAAUGAUUUAAAAUGCGUCUUUCAAAUACUAGGUUGUGAAGACCUGUCUAUCAAACAUUUUGCAUCAAUUAAAUGAUCAGGUUAUGUUAGGGGGGUCUUGAAAAUAGCUUAAAUUUGAACUUGAUUGCAUCUAUGUAUUUUAAACUGUUACCAAUGAUAUAAAAGUAUCGAAAAGCUGAAAAAGUAAGUAGAUAUUGCCCGAACCCACACUACAAACUCACCAUAAAUAUUUUGCUCGUAAAAUACUGAGCUAUACUUGUAUAUUCAAAAAAGGAUGGAAAUGUUGCUUUUCAAGUAAGUAUGAUUCGAAGUAUCUAAAUGCAAACAUUUUAUAGAAGCAAUCAACUUGAAAACUGAGUUAAUUUGAGGGCUGAAAACCCUGAUCCUUUUCUGUAACAAUCUAUAUUAACAGAUUUCUUAUUAUGACUGAGUGUUGUUUUUAUACACGGUGGCCCAAGAUGUGUUGUCAACUCUUUAGAAUUCGACAACAAACUUAGUUUAAAGUUAUAUGAACUCGUAUAGGGUGUCCCAAAAUAUGAUAGCAAAGUUUUAGCUAAGGGUCAGAUUCGAAAGUUUUUAAUUCUUCAGUUUCCCGCACACACUUUGAACGUUGCUGAAUCUGAAUAGAAUGUCACGAAUUUUUAAUAUCCAACUGAAAUUCUCGUGAGUCUGCCGUACUAUUCCGUGUUAAGUGUAAAACUAAACUGAUAAAAUGUUAAAAAUAUAUACUUGUUUACAUAUUGCAUGUAAGAAGACCAAGUAUAACGUUUAAGCAAAAUGUAUUUACUCUCAAUAUUAGAUGAUAGUUUGGCGAAAUUUGGAAUCAUUUUCCACUGUUCUAUAUUUUACGUGUUGAAUUCCGUUUGUCGAAAAAUUUUAUUGUACCGUGAACAAAUGAGAUUACUUAGGAUGUUGCAUACUUUUAUAUAGCUUUAUAUUUGCUUUUGAAAUUGGAAUUAAAUCGUUUAUAUCUGCUUAA